AUGGCUUCAGCACACAUCAGAGACAUUCUAACCGCUUUCAAUCCUUCUCUCGACUUCUUCGCCAUAACCACUGGUGACGGCCGAAUUAAGAUAUGGGAUACACUCAAGGGUCAAGUACAGACCGAGUUCGCGGAUUUCACUUCAACUCAUGAUACUAAUUUAUUUGAUACAAAAGGACACCUUUCUGUUGAUUACACAUGUAUCAAAUGGUUAUCUUUUGAAAAAAAGAAGAAAAGGAAACACUCUUCCUCUUUGUUGGUGCUUGGAACUGGUAGUGGUGAUGUUCUAGCACUUGAUGUUUCUGCCGGUCAAUUGUCUUGGAAAAUUAAUGAUUGUCAUCCUGGAGGUGUCAGGGCCAUUUCGUCUUUGGCAAAUGGAUCAACCUUUUAUACUUCAGGUGCGGACGGAAUGAUAUGUGCAAUAGAUUUCACAACUGGAAACCUGCUGGAGAAGUUUAAAGCUUCUUCGAAGGCAGUGACUUCUAUAUCAGUCUCUCCGGAUGGCAAGACAUUAGCUACUGCAGCAGCACAAUUGAAGAUUUUUAACUCUUCUAAUAAAAAAAAGAUUGAAAAAUUCUCUGGUCAUCCUGGAUCUGUCCGGUGUAUGGUCUUCACCGAAGAUGGCAAGUAUAUUCUUUCGACUGCCGCUGCUGAAAGAUAUGUUGCUGUUUGGAAAUUAGAUGGCGCUAAAAAGCAGUCCGCUAGUUGUGUUCUUGCAAUGGAGCACCCUGCUGUCUUUCUUGAUAGCAGGUGCAUUGAUAAGGGAGAACACGAUGAGGCUGGCUUGUGUGUUUUAGCCAUAUCAGAAGUUGGUGUUUGUUAUUUAUGGUUUGGAAAUAGUAUUGAAGAACUACGAAAUGCAAAACCCACGAAAAUAUCAUUAUCAUUGGAAGAUAUGUCCACCAAAAAUUACAAAGGCGCACUCCCUGCAAUAUAUGCUGCAAAAUUACGAAGCAUCCAGAAGCCGGCCUCUGGGCAGGUUUUUCUUGUUUCUGGAAUGCUUGUAAAACCAUCUUUUCAAAAUAUUCUAUUGCACUCUGGGACAGAUGUGAAGUUGAGUGUCUCCCGUGAUGGAGUUCUUCUUCCAAUGAGUCAAUCUCUUAUCAAAUCUAAGAGGAGGACAGAUGUACAAAGAGUAACUGCACUAGAUCGUGCUAAUGCCGAGGAUGCCUUGCUUCCAAUUCCUAAAGUUUUUGAUUCUCAUGAGAAAGAUAAAUCAUUUCAAGUCACUUCGGACAAGGAUGUAAAGGACGAUUUGCUUACAAGUGGCACUGAUUCCAUGGAAAUAGAUGAUGGUAUUGUCGAGAGUGAGACUGAUGUAAUUAGCAUGGAGGACAGGAUGAGAUCAUUAGGAUUGCUUUACAGCGAGAGUGAUUGUGCAUCAAAUUUUGAACUUUGCUCUAAAUUGUUAAAGGGUAUUGAUCUAGAAGCCACUCUUCCAAAGAAAAAGGUAAGAGCAGCUGUUUUGUCUAUGGAACCAAGUGAAGCAUUCAAGCUACUAGAAGUGCUGUUGGUUAUAUGGCAAUCAAGGUCAUCUAGCAGGGAGUCUGUACUUCCAUGGAUGUACAGCAUAGUAGUUACUCAUGGUCAUAAUGCUGCUGAAGAAUCUGCAACACAUAUGCUUGAUACGGUGCACAAGAUUACUAGUUCCAGAGCGACAACUCUUCAGUCUUUGUUACAAUUAUCAGGUCGUCUACAACUGGUGACAUCACAGAUUGAUAAGGCCUCUCAGAAAAUAAGCCAUCCGGUGAAUGAUCUCCAAACAGAAGAAAGUGAAGACGAGGAUGAGUAUUAUCACGAGGAUGACGACGAUGAAGAAGAUGAUGCAUCCGAAAUAAGUACUGAUGAUGAAAACUAG